AGCAGCAGCAGCCUUUGAAGCGAUGUUGGGAUCUCUGCUGCUACGGAACAGUGCCUGACUCGGAAUUGGAUCACCCGCCUGUGACAUUCCUCCUCAACCCAUUUCUGCAACAUUUUGGACACCCGUUCAUUCUACUUUUGUUGCUCCCACCAUAGUUUUGCUUCACUUCAUCCGUUUGGUCUCUGUGAAUUUGUUGUUCUGUGACAUCACACACCUGCUUGACCUCAUUCACCUGGACGCUUUGCAUGAUGUAAAGCUGAGCUUCCUCUCUGGUCUUUCCUCAUGCGACACACUCACUUUAGUCACGUCGUCUCUUUCAUUUUUCCUGCUCACCUCGCUGUCAGCUGUUUCUGUCCAUCUCUUCCUCAUUGUGCUCCACUUUUCAUUGCAGCUUCUUUGCCCUACAUUUGCUUCUACUCUGAUACCUGUUUUGCUUUGCUUCGUUCUCUCAACUGUCUGCUUUUGAUACCAUUGUGGAAUGAUAACAUGAAACCGGCUACCUUUUGUGGACCCUGAGACUGAAAGCUGUCAGUGUAUUGAAACAUGGAUAUCAUGAUCCUGCAACAUAAUUGACUCCUGUGGUCCUGCACUCUUUGGAAUUCAUAUCAAGAUUGAUUAUUUUGAUGAACAACGGCUUUGUGAAGAUCAGAAUCAGAAAUUUCUUGUGGAUUUAUUUUACUGAUGAAUGACCUGAAGUGGGAAGAAGACCUCCCAAUGAAAGAAGUGGGUUUCAGCUUCUUCUUCGUGAAGUUACAGCAUCAUAUACAAGGAUUAUUUCAUAACAGCGAUGAUGGAGUUUACCUGCACCAGUUGAUGUUUGGUAGCUGUCGGCUCAUUUGAAAAGUGCCAUGGGAUUACAGCACCAGAGAAUAAUACCACAUUUUCGAUAGUGGUUUAGGAGUAUUUUUUUUUUCAUGGCCACUUGAUUGAGGCUAGAAGAUAAACGCAUUGACUCUGUUUACUAGCUUCACCAGGACGACACUCCACGCAAUCAAAUUUCCCCUCUGUAUUUUCACUUCCUUACAAAUGAAAGUUUAAACAGCAGUGACGGCUAUCUUUGGCAUCCUCCUGCAUGUUUUUCUUUGUCUUGGAUGCAUUUAUAUAAAGGAAAGGAAUACUCAUUCAGUAGUUGCCAAAUGUUCAGGACAUCAAUGCGCUUAGGGCUUUAUGCUGAUUUCAGUGCGUAGCAAUUUCGUUUGGGUGCUGUGGCCAGGAUUGGAACAGCGCCCUCUCCAGAACAGAUGAAGAACAAUGGCUGCAUCCCACUCUGCUGGAGCAAAGGCGCGUGCAUCUAUGCAAAUCAUCCAAAAUAUGAUGGCCAGUUAGCCCCAGUAAGAGCAUCUGAGUCAGGCAUGGCAACAUCUUCCUAUUUGGAGCCCAACCUCAAUCACUCCGCAGCAAGUGGGUGUGGAGUGAAAUCCCGCUCCGGGAUUUCCGGUGGUACUGGUGUUGGUACUAGCGGCUCUGCUGGCGGUCUUGAGCGGACUCCAGGUUCUAUGGACAGGGUUCUGAAGAUCUUCCACUACUUUGAGACAAAUAGUGAACCCAGCACCUGGGCGAGUAAUAUCAGACAUGGAGAUGCUACGGAUGUCAGGGGUGUCAUCCAGAAGAUAGCCGAAAUCCACAAAUUGCGCUGUGUCACUUCACUUGGCCUGCGUUUAACCCAUCUGCACACAGACGCACGUCACUGGUUACAUCCUGACUUGGGAGUCUGCCAUGUCAGGGAGAAAUAUGAGAAACAGCAUCCGCAGGAGGAGUGGAGGUAUGAGCUACGGAUGCGCUACUUUCCUAAAGGUUACCUCAGUCAUUUCUCAGAAGACAAACCUUCGCUCAACUACCUCUAUCACCAGGUAAAGAGUGACUACAUGCAACAUAUCGCUGAUCAAGUCGAUCAAGAGGUUGCUUUGAAACUAGGCUGUCUAGAAAUAAGGCGGUUCUUCCGAGAGAUGCCAGGAAAUGCCCUUGACAAGAAAUCCAACUAUGAACUCCUAGAGAAAGAUGUUGGUUUGAGAAGGUUCUUCCCCAAAAGCCUGCUGGAGUCUCUAAAGGCAAAGACACUUCGUAAGCAUAUCCAGCAGACGUUCAAGCAGUUUGCCAACCUCAACGAUGAGCAGAGCAUCCACAAGUUUUUUGAAAUCAUCUCUCCCAUCUACCACUUUGAUAAGGAGUGCUUCAAAUGUGCAUUGGGGUCUAGCUGGGUAAUAUCAGUCGAAUUAGCAAUCGGACCAGAGGAAGGAAUCAGCUACCUCACAGACAAGGGCUCAACGCCUACCCACUUAGCUAACUUCAACCAGGUUCAAUCCAUCCAGUAUUCACCUUUGGAAGAAAAGGACAGGAAAGGCAUGCUGCAGCUCAACGUAGCUGGAGCUCCAGAGCCUCUCACAGUCACCACAGCAUCCUUGACUACAGCAGAAAACAUGGCCGAUUUGAUUGAUGGGUACUGUCGACUCUUUUCCUCAACGAGCCACUCCUUCAUUGUCAGAGUCCACAAGGAGGGGGAUACCAGAGCGCUACCAUCCAUCCCAAAAGUGUCAAAUCAUGAGAGGCGGAUGGAAAAACGGAUGGAUGGAGUACGAACGAGAGCAGUUUGUGUGUCAGGGCACAAUAGCGGCGAUGAAACAGAUGACUAUGCUGAGAUCAUAGAUGAGGAGGACACCUAUACAAUGCCUUCAAAAUACUAUGGACUAGAUCAAGCACAGGACUAUGAAAUUCAACGGGAUCAUAUUGAACUGGGCCGCUGCAUCGGUGAGGGUCAGUUUGGGGACGUCCACCAAGGAGUCUACAUCAGCCCGGAGAAUCCGGCAUUGUCUGUGGCGGUGAAGACGUGUAAGAAUUCAACAUCAGACAGCGUCAGGGAGAAAUUUCUCCAAGAAGCACUAACCAUGCGUCAGUUUGACCAUCCUCACAUUGUGAAGCUGAUGGGCGUCAUCACAGAGAAUCCAGUCUGGAUCAUUAUGGAGCUUUGCACACUCGGAGAGUUGCGUUCUUUCCUGCAAGUGAGGAAGUACAGUCUAGACCUGGCCACUCUCAUCUUGUAUUCCCAUCAGCUCAGCAUGGCAUUGGCCUACCUCGAGAGCAAACGCUUUGUGCACAGAGAUAUAGCAGCACGGAACGUCCUGGUAUCAACUGUUGACUGUGUGAAGCUGGGUGAUUUUGGUCUGUCAAGGUACAUGGAAGACAGUUCUUACUAUAAAGCAUCCAAGGGUAAACUGCCCAUUAAAUGGAUGGCUCCCGAGUCCAUCAAUUUUAGAAGAUUUACCACAGCCAGUGAUGUCUGGAUGUUUGGUGUCUGUAUGUGGGAAAUUCUGAUGUAUGGCAUUAAGCCUUUCCAAGGUGUGAAAAACAACGACGUCAUUGGGAGGAUAGAGAAUGGCGAACGACUAGCCAUGCCCCCUCAGUGCCCCCCUACCCUAUACAGCUUGAUGACAAAGUGUUGGUCGUAUGAUCCAAGCAAGAGGCCACGCUUCAAUGAAUUGAAAACACAGCUCAGUACUAUUUUAGAAGAGGAGAAGGCCCAGCAGAAGGAGAGGAACAGGAUGGAAAUGAGGAGGCAGGUCACUGUAUCUUGGGACUCGGGAGGGUCUGAUGAGGCACCCCCAAAGCCGAGCAGACCAGGUUACCCCAGUCCCCGCUCAAGUGAAGGCUAUUACCCCAGUGCCCAGCACCCCGGACACUACCAGAUGGCAGGUUACCCUGGCCCUCACACCCUUCCGUCAGUGCCCAGUGCCCUUUACCCCCCGCAGGCCACAAUGCUGGAAACGCAUCACGCCCACACGCACCCGCGUCACCAUGUCCAUACACACUCACAUGUACAGCACCUCCCUCAGGCACAUGGACAGGACAUGGCACAUUGGGGUUCAGCUAUGGAGGACAGGGAGGUAGACAUGCAGCAGUGUGUAGGCCAGCAGUGCUUGUUAAUGGAGGAACAGCUGAUGAUACAGCAGCAGCAGAUGGAGGAGGAUCAGAGGUGGCUGGAGCAGGAGGAAAGGCUGCUGAAACCAGAAAACAGAAGUUCUCGUGGGAGUCUGGACCGAGAUGAUGGAGUACUGCAGCCACCAACGGGAAACCAACACAUAUACCAGCCCGUUGGCAAAGCAGAGCUCGUGGCCCCCCCGAAAAAACCACCACGACCUGGGGCCCAGAGCCAAGGGUGCAGUCUGGCGGGUCUGAACACUGCAGACGGCUACAAUGAUGGCGUGAAGCCCUGGCGGCACUCAUCAAUGUUCGUCCUUGACUCGGCUCAGCUACAGCCCCAAGAGAUCAGCCCCCCUCCCACCGCCAAUCUGGACCGCUCCAACGACAAGGUAUACGAAAACGUGACCGGAUUGGUGAAAGCUGUGAUCGAGAUGUCGAGCAAGAUUCAGCCAGCUCCUCCCGAGGAGUACGUUCCCAUGGUCAAGGAUGUGGGCCUUGCAUUGAGGACUUUGUUGGCCACAGUGGACGAGACCCUACCGCAACUUCCAGCCAGCACACACAGAGAGAUCGAGAUGGCGCAAAAGCUUUUGAACUCUGACUUGGCGGAACUGAUUGGAAAAAUGAAGUUAGCUCAGCAGUAUGUGAUGACGAGUCUUCAGCAAGACUAUAAGAAGCAGAUGCUGACCGCUGCUCACGCCCUUGCUGUGGAUGCCAAAAAUUUGCUGGACGUCAUCGACCAAUCCCGGCUCAAGAUGAUGGCACAGUCCCGCCCACAUUAGCACCGCACGUGAUGUUCACUGACUGGUGGAUCCGUCUACUUCCUUACAGUGAGAGUUGUUGGAACUUUCCAUCCAAAAACUGACUACUGGGGUCAUGUGAAGGCCCCGAUAUCGUCGUCACCUCGUUGUAACCACGGCGCUGAUCCUUUAUUUAACUCUGCACCACUGUGAGAUCUUUUUUAAAGAACCGAGCAAAACGAUUCCUGAAUCAGGGAUUUGUCGUCUUUGUGGACUAAAGUGGGAGAAAGAGAGGAAUAGAGCAUCAUGGAUGUUGGGUUGGCUGCAAAUCGAUUCCAUUUGUUGGAGUAAGCCAAGCCAUCGGAACCUGACUCUCUUAAGCGUCGUCAUAUCACAAGGAAGUGACUCGAGCAUGUCAGCUGUUUUUUUUUCUGGUCGCGGAAACCUUGCCGAUUUUGUUCCUCCACUAUCCCUUCUUUUCCCUUCUCACUCUCUUUUAUUUAAAGUAUCACAAAUGAGACGAAUGAAAGACACGAUACAAAACACUAAAGGAAUUGUUUUUUCCUUUCUUACUUUUUGUCUUACUGACUCUUUUCCUGUUGUCUUCCUCAUCCAGCUCCGGUCUGAGCAGGUUUGAAAGAUUUUGAUGAAGCCGCCUCAGAUCUCACAGAGUUUGCUCUUUAUCGUCUGUCGUUUUGACUCACCAUCUUCAUCUAAACAGAAAACUCAUACAUAUUCCAUCCCAGCAGCACAGAGGGGGUGGGGGGGAGAAGAUGAAGGAGGGUGGUGAGGGCCUCCUCCUUGUCAACCUCUACCUGCCCCACAUGCCAUCAUAUCCGCUUGGGAUCACGGAGUGAUUUGCCAAAAAUGCAAAUGAAGUUGAGCUCCAGCAAUAUGUACGAGAUCCCGGGCUGACGUUUUGAGCCACAAAACUGGAACGUCAUCUUACAAACUCAUGAGGAUGAACUGAGAACACCAAACUCCAUGCGUGUGGCAUGACUUAGUGGUAUGGAGGAGAGCAUAUUUGCACAGCACCAAAAUGAAUCAAGAGUAGUUUGACCCAGGUUUGAUGAUCACGUCUAGCCAGCCAAUCAAUACCUGGGUUGAUAGAGGGUUACAAAUGUACAAUAAACAAUUUAUUUUAUCUCUUUGUUGUUGUGUAAAUCUGCUCAUGUUGGUAUAUUGUAAAAGUGUACUGGUGUGCAUCACUGGUCAAUUGUACAGAAGUCGUACGAGUAAACACUGUUUUUUAUUUUGUCUGCCUUCUUGUUAAAUAGCAGGAAAAACAAUGAAAUAAAAAUCAUGCAGAAGUGGAAA